AUGAGCGAGGACGGAGGUUCCAACUUUUGGUCCAUGGCCUCUACCACCAUCGCGCCCAGCCCAAGGAUGAGUGAUGCCCCAGCAGUAGCAGCAACAACUGGUAACGAGGUGCCGAUUGCUCCUUACCCACCUGCCAACGGAACGCCCAUGGCCCCGCCCGUCAACAACCACUAUCCACCGGCUCAGCCCCAAUAUCACCAGCAGCAACAGCAGCAGCAACAGCAUCAGAUCUAUUUGCAACACAUGCAUGCUCAGGCACAUCAUGCCCACGCUCAAAUGCAGGCCCAUCAGGCACAAAUGCAAGCCCAGCAUUAUCAGUACUACCACCCGCCAAGCUACUACCCAUAUCCAUAUGGCUAUGCCGCCCCCAUGCCUUAUUCGACAGCUGCCUCUGCCUCUCCUGUGCCUGCUAUGCCACCCCAGCAGCAACAGCUGCCAUUGAUGACUCAGCAGCUAGAAGUGGCUCAACAGCAGCCAACGAUGCCCCGACAACUAGAGCAAACCCCGACCCAUGAACAGCAACCAUUGGCCCCCCAACACCAGCAACUUACCUUCCCAAAGCAGCAACCAGAGAGUGCCCCCGGCUCUGCUCCAAUUCAGGCUCUGGUGGAGAAAGGAACGUGCAUCGCUCCUGCUGUCAAAAUGGCGGCUCAUGGGCUCACCGAGCUAGGAAAAGAAGAGCCCAAGGCAGAGCAGCCCGCAGCAUCUGGCACGGAUGGGGAAGUGAGCCAGGGGUCUUAUCAGUGUUUUCCAGAUGACAUUCCAGAGCAACUGAGCCCGGCAACCAGCGACAAGAAGAAGUCAUGCCCUCCCUUGCGUACUCAAUUGCGGCUCCAGUUCACCGAGCUAGGAAAAGAAGAGCCCAAGUCAGGGCAGCCCACAGCCUCUGAUAUGGACGAGAUCUCUAAUGGGGAAAUGAGCCAGGAACCUUGUUUCCCAGAGGAAGGUCCAGAGCAACCGAGCCCGGCAGCCAGCGACAAGAAGAAGUCAUGCCCUCCGUCCUUGCGUACUAGAUUGUGGCUGCAAUUCCGAGAACCCAAAAUCCUUGAAGUGUGGCAGGGAGACAUGAUCAAUCCGAUCGAUCCCGUGGAUAUUUUGGUCAUUUCGUGUUGUAAAGAAGAAUACCACAUCACUUGCCCUGGCUCGGUGAUUCGUGCCAUUGAAGGAUCGCACGACCUUUGUGUGGCAUCCAUUGCCGAAAAAUGUGAAUUUGAUUUUCGCAAAGAACAUGGGGUUUGGGUCAGCCAGUUGUUGGACCAAAAGGGGUUGCCGUUUCGGCGCAUACUUUGUGUCUUGAUCCUCGAUGAUGAUCCCCCCCUGGACAGAAUGGACAGAAUCUACGAUAGCCUUUUUGGCAGCAUUGCAUCGAUUGAGGACCGUGCGGACGACCUGAGAGGAAAGUUGACGAUAUCCAUCCCACUGGUGGGAGAUGCCUUUCACGAUACAAAUGUGGUCGCCACUCGACUGGUCCAGGCUUCCAAGAACGCGCUUCAGACCUUCCCAGUGUGCGGCAAAAUCCAACUCUAUGGCUACAAGGAAGAGCAAGCGUCAAUCCUGAAGGAAGCGGCGACAGUUUCGGCCGCGUCGUGCUUUGUUCAACAAGCAUCGGAUGCUACGGCUCCAGUGGCGGCCCCGCAACCUGUGGCUACAGCUACAGUGGCCCCAACUCAACCCGUGACCAGCCCCAAGCCAGUCGUCCAGAAACCCCAAGCUUGGUUGGAACCGGCUGCCAAACAAGAACAAGCACGAGGAGAGACUCCGGCUGAAGCUAAAAAGGAUUCGGUCCGAACUGGAGCGGCUCUGCCGCAACCCCUAGACAAUCCCACUCAAGUCAUCGGGCUAUCGCGAGCAACACAAACGCAGUCCGGAGCCAAAGCUGCCCCAGUGGUGGCGGCAUCAGUAUCGCCUCAACCAGAGUCCGCGGCGACCCCAGUCCGAGACGGGAUGAUUGUGCCUCAGCCAAUGUCGUCUCCUUCACCCGUCAUCCAGCCAUCUCACGCCAAAGCGCCGUCGGCUGUGGCCAACACAGCCGCAAAAGAAGCACCAGUCCAAUACCUGGAGAGACCGGUUCCGCCGAAGGCGCCGAAUCAAACAACAACCCAGCCACUCACGCACAACGUCGCAACCCUUCAGCUUCCAGUCGCUGCACAAGUCCAAUACGUAGAGAGACCGGCUCCGCCGAAGGCGCCGAAUCAAAUAACCAACCAGCCACCCGUGCACAACGUCGCAAACCUUCACUUUCCAGUCGAAGCGGAUUCAAACGUGGCCAUGGUCCAGACUCGGGCAGCUCCAACUCGUCCUAUCAACCAGCCACCUCAUGCGCAGGCCAGCACCGUACCAAUUGCGACAGCAAAAGCAGCAAAUGUACCUCAGCAAGUCCAGCAGCCGUAUCAUUCCGCGCCCGAAACUCGGAUUGCACCUCCACAGGUGAAUGCCGGACCAAUCGCAAGAGCAGCUCCAAUUCCAACAGCGACCCCUCCGCAACCGCCAAUUGCUCCCCCGAAACCUGCCUUGGGAACCACGGCGCCUCCAACCCAGCAAGUGUAUGCGAACGCUGGGCAAACAAGGGCAGCCCCAACCCUGACAGUAGGCACUCCUUGGCCACCAGUUGCUGAGCAGAAACCUGCGCCGCCAGCCCCGCAACCUCAGGUGGACGCUGGACCUACCGAAAGAGCAGCCCCAACGCCACCCGCGUACCCUCCUCAGCCGGCAAUCGCCCAGACGGGACCAGUGGCACCUCCAGCCCCACAGGCUCAGGCGAAGUCGGGACAAAGCGAAAGAGCACCCCCAACUCUUCCAGCGGCUCCUCAUCAUCCAGUCACACAGCCCCUUCAAGCCUCGUCUGAGGCUGCCUCUAGAUCCCAACCAACCGCAAGAAUGCCCCCACUUAGAAUCUGUUUGAACGACAGCUCCGCUGACAUCAUCCUUGGGGAAAAUGAUAUUCAUGGGAUUACCAACAACAUCACCCGAUUCUACAAGGAUGAGAUCAGGCCAAUGUAUCAGAGAACGCGCCCUUCCUCGAUCGAGCAUGUGUUGCGAAUGCUGGACGUUCACUAUGAGAUCAAACACAAUGGCCAAAGUCUCCCCGAAGCUCCUGCCUUUUGGAUUUCAUUGGAUGGUGCUAAACGGUGUGACCAGCGACGGAGGGGCUUUAAUGCCCAUGAGCCACAACAACGUCACGAGCGUCCACCACCUGGGACCAUAUACUACGGAAGGAAGACCCGCGGACAUCAGGUCUUCUUUGUGCGAGCAUGCUCGGACUGUGUCAAGAACGACAUUAGGGGGAACUACAAGAAACGGCGGACCCCGGAACCAGAGGAGUUGACGAGCGAAGGCAAAGCCAGUCCUGAGGAAUCGAGGAGCGAAGUCAUUUCUAGUCCGAUCGAAGGCAGCGCUACUUGUCCCAUUGAAUUGACGACCGAAGGCACUUCUGGGCCCAAUGUCAGUGAAGCAAAAGACGGCAACUUGAAAAUGCCAACACAAGCAGCAGCAGCAGCCCAACUACCCCCCGCAGAGGCAACGGAAACCGAACCAGCCUUAUCAUCGUCAGCUGUCACGCAAAGUGCUUCGGGGGAUUCCAAGGCAGAGAUUCGUGACAUGAUGGAAACCACGCGCCGGAUGAUGCAAGAAGCAGCAGGGAAAGGUCAAUUCUUGCUUGCUUGGCAAUUGCAAGAAGAAAUCAAGCGAUUGGAGAAUCUCCAGCGUUUGAUUCAGGAAACCGCAGGGGAAGGUAAUCUCACCAGGCCGGACCCUCUCUUGUACAGCUCUCAGCUCUCACAGCCGCCGGCGAGAAGAACCCUGCCAGAAAGAAGCCACCCUGACGGUCCCUGUAGGUCCGGGGCGGACGGCACCAUUGGUGGUCCCGAAGAAGAUCCCAAUGAUGAGCCCAUUCGUCCACGGGAACCCAAACGGCAAAAGCGACCGCAAUCUAUUGCCGGCAAGCUGUCAGAUACUGUUGCAGGUGCUUUUGGCUGGGUGUUUGGUCUAGGUAACAGCAAGUAA